UAUUAGUAGAGAUCAUAAGAAAAGCCCAUUGCAACAACACACAAAAUUUGCCCAUUCUCUCUCUCUUCAUGAACCUCUGUUUUCUGCAUCCAUUUAAACUUACCUGCACAUCCAAAGCUCAUUCAUUCACACUGCCCCCACCUAUCUAAUCACUGCACAAAUACAAUUAUUGAUCAGGGUCUGUGUUAAAAGGCACCAUUUCCUCUUUUUUCUUUUUGGAAGAAGACAAAAACAGAGCACAACAGGGGAAAACAGAGCAAAAGGUGAAAUAUGGUGAGUGACCAAAGAAUAGCAGAGGAGACCCUGCAGGAGUCCAAGGUGGCUGCUUUGGAGACCAGUGGCACAAUGAGCGGACCCCUCGUCGGAGCCGCCACCAGGACCCGCCGCCGCCGGAGGGUGGAGGCUAUGCAACUGGUUCUGAGAGGGUUGUGCAUGGCCUCCUCUGUUGCUUCAAUCUCGCUCAUGGUCACUGCUAAGGAAUCCAGUUCUGUCAGUAUUUAUGGCUUUCAAUUACCUCUUCACUCCAAAUGGUCUUUCUCUGAGUCAUACGAGUAUCUUGUUGGGGUUUCUGCUGCUGUUGCAGCUCAUUCCUUGCUUCAACUACUCAUUGGCAUGUCCAGAUUUCUUAGGACUUCUUCUGUGAUACCUUCCAGAAAUCAUGCAUGGCUUAUUUUUGCUGGGGAUCAGGUAUUUGCAUAUGCAUUGAUGAGUGCUGGAUCUGCUGCAUCUGGGGUGACCAAUCUGAAUCGCAGAGGAAUUAGACACACGGCUCUGCCAAAUUUUUGCAAGCCUUUGCACAAGUUUUGUGACCAUGUUGGGAUCUCAAUAGCCUUCACUUUCACCAGCUGCUUUUUGCUGGCUACAUCUGUUGUCCAAGAUGUAAUAUGGCUCUCCCAACACUGAAAACUUUCUCAUCAGUGUUCAUGUUCAUGAUUUUUAGUAUGCUAUGAAGCCACUGUAGUCAUCACUUCUGUCAAUGAGUUCCAUGUUAAUACGAUUGCUAUGAACAAUCUUAUACUUUUUUACGUAUGUUA